AUGCAUGCAGCAGCUGCAGGAUCUGUUGAUGUUGUUAAGUAUCUUAUCAAACUUGGUUUUGAUACAGAUGAUAUUACUAAAAAAGGAUUUACUGCAAUUGUUUAUGCAGCAAGAUCAGGUUCUUUAUCAUGUGUUAAAGCAUUAAUCGAAGCAGGUGCAACUUAUAAAAAUGGUAACAGGAGAUACAAUUGUUUUGUUGAAGCAGCGACACAAGGACAUUUAGACAUUGUUAAAUAUCUUCUCGAUAAAGGUAUCAACAUCAAUGUCUCAACAAGAGAUAAAAAGACAGCAGCAAUGUGCGCGGCACAAGCGAAAAAAUUUGAUGUAUUGAAGUACUUAUUAAUGAAAGGAGCAAAAUAUGUGCCAGACAAAUAUUUUAUAGCAGAAUUUUCACCAGAAUUAUUUGAAAUUUUUAAGAAACAAAAUGAUAUCAAAAUGCCGCUUAAGGAUAUAUGCACAAGUGCAAUCUUAGAUUCAAAUGCUGCUUUAGUUGGACAUCUUCUAGAUAACUAUAUAGAUCUCAAAGAUAUUCCUGAAUAUAAUCACUGGAGUUUUUUCAAAACAUCAAAAAUGUUUGAAAAAGUUUACAACACAAAAGGUUUUCUGAAAGUAUUUGAUAUGAUAGACCCAAUACACUACGCAGGAAAUCUAAAAUAUAUAAACAUGCUUGAAAGCGUUGGCUGUGUAUUGAAGAAAGAAGCUAUCAUAGAAGGACAAAUAAUUGAGCGAAUUGUAACAAAGACAAAAGAUAGAGAUCUUGCUUUGAAAUUACUUGACAAAAUUGAUGACAUUGGAAAAUUAAAUCAGAAUUCGUUAUUUACUAAUCUCAUCAAUGCAUUUGAUAAAGGGGAAGUAACUGAAGAAAUUGUUGAUAUAAUAAUGGAAAGAUUUAAAGAUCGCAUUACUAAUUUUCAACCAGAAAGAUGCCAGAUUUUUGGAUUCAAAUACUUUCGUGUUCUUUUUGAUUCAAUGGAUGAAUCAUCAAAGAAUAGCAUAUUUUUUGAUACCAGAGCUGCAUUGGAGACCAAAUAUUAUGAUAAUUAUGAAUAUAUACUUAAUCAUGGUUUUGAUGCAAGUGAAAUUGACGAAAAAGGAAAUUGCCCUUUACAUUAUAUGAAAAGUACAAAUCAUGCAACAGUUGAUGAAUACAAGAAACUUAUCAAAUUAUUUACCAGCCAUGGAUGUGACAUAAAUACCAAAUUAUCACAUAAUGAAAUUGUUAUCUUCGAUGCUUGA